AUGAAGAUUGCCUUGCCGGCGAGCUCGAUCCCCUGCGGCGAUGUGCCCCCGAGCCGCGACUCGCGCCAGGUCGAGCAGGAUCUCCCGCAGGAGUGGGGCCUUUUCGGCGCGUCGUCACCGACGGCAGCGUCGCGCCAGCCGCGGUCUGAGGACUCGAGGCACGGCCGCGGGCGCACGGGGGCCCCGGACGUGGUGAGCGUGGCAGUCGGCAUGCUGGGCCUAGACGUGCACGAGGCCCCGCUCUCCAUGGCGGAGACGUGGCUCUCCUACUACAGGAACGAGUUCGGCGGCAGCGCUGGCAACACGGCGGGCUGCGGCGGGGGGGAUGGCGGCCUCGUGGGCCCUCCAGCCGCUGCAUCAGGCCCGGACGCGGGGGCGGGCGGGGCGCCAGCCUUGGCCGCGGCGCCGCCCGAGUGGCAGCUGCGGGCGGUAUCGCGCAUCCGGGAGCUCGCCGCCCAGGGGGAGGUCUCCGCCUCCAGGGCCUUCCCCGCCGCUGGCGGCGACGCCGCCGCCUCCAGCAACGGCCCGAAGCUCGCGGAGUGUGCCCAGCUCUCCGAGUUCGUCUUGAGGCGCAUCGUCCACUGCGUGGCGACGCUGCGGGGCCCAGAGGGGCGCGAGGGGCUGACGCAGGUAGGCGGCGCCGCCGCCGCUGUUUAG